AUGAUAAAACUUGCCAGCACGCCAGAGAGUUUGCCCAGCAAACGGGACGAGGCCAACGUUGGUGCGGGCGCCACCGGCGGUAGCAGUGGUGCGGCAUCUGGCAACAGCUGCAGUGGUGCAGCGAGUGGUGCAGCCAGUGGACUAGCUGGAUCUGGUAGUGGUUCUGCAACCGGAGCCGGUGGAGCAGGUGGCAUUAGCACGCCGGGCCAAGAAGCCGCCAGUCCCACAGUUGCCGAGUUCACUGGCAUCAGCGGGACGAAUGCGACAAUAAAUGGUCAAGUGGCAAGACACGGCUCACUGACGAUUAUCCGACGCACAAAUAGCCGGAAUUUCAACCAGAACGACGGCCAGCAACUGGCAUCGCCCUCAGCAGCCACCGCCUCCGCCUCCGGCACCGGCACCGGCACCGGCACCGGCACCGUGAACCCGGGCAUCACCUUCGCCCAGACGCCGCUCAGUGAACCCCUUGCGGAGCGUUUAAGCUUCCGCACCGGUAGCAACGGACCAGCGUCCGCCGGCGAUAGUCGAUCGAGCAAUCAGGGUUCCAGCACCGGAGCAUCCGCCACCACAGCCACAGCCAAGAUGCAGCCGUCAUCGCCAAACUCCACCAACUAUGUGGCCGACAACCUUCAGAACUCGUCGGCCAAUCUCUCGCAAAGUGAAUCCGCUGACCAUACCGCCAAUCAUUCGCUAAAUGCCAUGGGCACCGGUUCGUUCCUUCGCGGUGAUACCGACAUUCCGACCCCGUCACAGCAAUCGUAUGAAACAACCUCGAUUCUAUCGUUUAAUGCCGGUCAAUGGGAAACGGAAAGUUUGCCGGCAGUCGAUACGCCAGAUGCCCUCAACAAAGCGGCCUUGAGAAUACGUAGUCUUCUCCGUCGCAUGGAUCACGAGACCGUUGCCUAUGAGGAUAUGCAGCGCAAUCUGCAUUAUGCGGCUCGUGUACUCGAGGCCGUCUUCAUUGACGAAUCAAGAGAGGACUGCAAUGGGGAUUGCAAGAACCUUAGCUGCAGUCGCCACAGUCAUGGUCGGGAUCCUGACCAGCAGCAGGAUAACAACAACUCCAAUAGCAGCUGUAGCCUGAAGAAGGUGGAGGAGGGGAAGGAGGGGAAGGAGGAGCAAAGGGAGCCAAAGGAGGAGGUGGCCACUGGUGGAGCAGAACCGACGACGGGCGACAAUCAGGCUAGUAUAGAGGGGCGCACCAAGGGCGUGUCCCAGGCACCACAGACACACAGCGGACCCACAGGGCCGCCGUCGUCGUCGGAUCCCAGUGCCAGCCCGACCGCAGCUCCCAAAUUACAGCCAGCCUUGGAGACCGUAAGGGAAUCCGUGCUGGAGGAGAAUUCAUCAAAAGUGGCUGCUCCAGCGUCCACCCCCACCUCAGCAGCAUCCGCAGCAACCACAGAUCCCAGUGCCAAGGCGGCGGAAAGUGUAACCAGUGCCAGCAGUAGCAGUGGUAAUCCAGCGACCGUGCACCGGCAACGACGCCUGCGGACACCCACCUGG